AUGGCAUUUGAGUUCUGCUACAGGGUGUGUGAGAACAUUCCGAUCGUGCUUUGUGGAAACAAGGUGGAUGUAGAGAAGCGGCAAGUGAAGCCAAAGCAAGUGACGUUUCAUCGCAAGAAGAACCUGGAAUACAUUAAGAUCUCUGCGAAGAGCAAUUACAACUGUGAGAAACCCUUCCUGUAUCUGGCAAGGAAACUCAUUGGCAAUCCCAACCUGCACUUCGUCGAGCAGGUUGUGAUAUCGCCGCCGGAGGUCGCGCUUGAUGUUGUCCAGCAGGCGGAGAACGAGAAGCUGAUAGCGAGUGUCGCCACCCUGUCGCUACCCGAUGCCGAUGAUGACGACCUUGUGGAUGAGGUACCUGCUGUGGCAAGCCCAGCCAUGUCGGGCCACGUCAGGAGGAAAUGGAUAUUUGACAGUUUAGAGUGUUUCUAG